UUUGCUUAAUUUGAUCUAUUUCAAGCCCUUUGUGAGUGAGUUGCUACGGUAACGAAGAGCCCCUGUUAGAAAUGUCCCUGCUGAGUUGCCGUACUGCGGCUCUCCCAGGCAGCCCCGCUCGCUUGUUUCCUCUCAGCGAUGAAUUGCGCUGGUUUAAUGUAGGGGUAAACAUGUCCGUAAUGGGAGGUGGUACGAGGGGGUUUUAUUUUAAUACAGUCCUGUCGCUGGCCCGCUCUUUAGCCGCUCACCGCCCCGCACCGGUCGAAAAGGUUCAGAAGCUGCAAUGUAUGUGUCCAGUGGAAGUCCGUGGUGUGUUCACUCUGGAUGUGCGUCGCAGAGAUGCUGUUAUUGCAUUGGCUGUGUUUUUGGUGGAAUCUGGCUUACAGCACAAAGACAUACUUGUUUCUUACUUGCUGAGCCUACUGAGAGGGCUGCCACGGGUCCAAUGGAUCGAGGAAAGCUCAGGAAAGAAAGGAAAGGAAUUUCUCCCCGUAGCAGACAACUUCAGCUUCUGUCUAGUGACUCUUCUGUCAGAUGUGGCUCAGAAGGAUCCAGACUCAAGACAAGAGAUCUUGAACACUAUAAUGGAGGUCAUGCAGGCGUUACAGGAUAUGUGCCAAACACCGGAUAAUCAUGACAAAGUCUUCCUGUGCAAGUAUAUUGUUCCCAGCCUGCUUGGCAUGACUCGGGCAUUUGGCCGCUACAGCCACACAGAUGAAGCUCUGUUAUCCAAGUUGUUCCCCAAAGAUUCUCCUCAGGCACGAUGCGUUACAGAGGAAACAGAGGGUGUACGGCGCAGAUCCUUCAAUGACUUUCGUUCUAUUCUGCCGUCCUCACUUCUUACAGUGUGCCAGAGUGAUACUCUGCGCAGACGCACCGGGACCAACCUAGAUUCAUCUGCACAGAUCAGUACAGAUCCAGGAGGCCACUCACCCUGCUCUCCUAUAACUCCUAGUCCACAUUACUUGGAAGGUGCCUAUUUUCCAGACAGCAACACAGUCGACCCUGACUACUAUUUCUCUACAGUCAGCUCCAGUUUCUCGGUAUCUCCACUCUUCCUGGGGGAAGGAGAAAAUGAAGUGGAGGUGCCUGUGGAUCUGCUCCGACAGCUCCUUGCCAUGGUGAAGAAGUUUGUGUCAGAGUCCUUUUUGAAAACUCUGGAUGCCACAAUGACAGAAGUCAUAGAGUGUAAUCCUGGAAUCAACCUCUAUUACAAAACCUUCAGUGACCCUCUCUAUGUGUGUGUGUUCAAAAUGCUGCGGGACACACUAUAUUACAUGAAAGCUCUGCAGCCAACGUUUGUGCGGGAAGUGCACGAUUUUGUACUGGAACAGUUUAGCAGCAGUCAGUCGGAGCUGCAGAGGGUUCUUCAUGACACUGGAGGGCUGCCAGGGGAACAAAGCCCCCUCAAGCUUCGUUGCCAAGCCAACGCUGCAUGCGUGGACCUUAUGGUGUGGGCCGUUAAAGAUGAGCAAGGAGCUGAGAAUUUGUGUACCAAACUGUCAGAGAAACUGCAGUCAAAAACCUCCAGUAAAGUCAUCAUUGCCCAUAUGCCUCUGCUCAUCUGUUGCCUACAGGGCCUGGGUCGCCUGUGUGAAAGGUUUCCAGUAGUUGCUCACUCUGCCACAACCUCUCUCAAGGAUUUCCUGGUGGUUCCUUCUCCUGUUCUUAUAAAACUCUACAAGUACCACAGCCAGUACAACACAGGCACAGGAGAAAUUAGGAUAAAUGUGACCAAUGAGCACUCUCAGUCCACCUUCAACUUACUGUCAAACAGGAAAGACCAGCCUUCCAUGUACGAACAGCUCAGAGAUAUUUCCAUUGACAACAUCUGCAGAUGUCUGAAAGCUGGUUUGACAAUGGACAAUGUCAUAGUCGAGGCUUUCUUGGCUAGUCUUUCAAACCGUCUAUACAUUUCACAGGAGAAUGACAAGGAUGCCCAUCUAAUUCCAGAUCACACCAUUCGAGCACUUGGCCACAUUGCAGUAGCUCUGAGAGACACUCCGAAAGUCAUGGAGCACAUUCUUCAGAUCCUUCAGCAAAAGUUCUGCCAGCCUCCUUCACAGCUGGAUGUGCUCAUCAUAGACCAGCUUGGCUGUAUGGUCAUUACAGGAAAUCAAUACAUCUACCAGGAGGUGUGGAAUCUGUUCCAGCAGAUCAGUGUGAAAGCAAGUUCAGUGGUCUACUCAGCCACCAAAGACUACAGAGAUCAUGGCUACAGGCACUGCUCUCUGGCUGUGAUAAAUGCACUUGCCAACAUUGCAGCCAACCUGCAGGGGGAGCAGCUUGUGGACGAACUGUUGGUGAACCUUUUAGAACUGUUUGUUCAACUGGGCCUUGAAGGAAAGAGAGCCAGCGAGAGGGCCUCUGACAAGGGCCCCGCACUAAAGGCAUCAAGUAGUGCUGGAAAUCUUGGAGUCCUUAUUCCAGUCAUUGCUGUGUUGACCAGGAGGCUUCCACCAAUCAAAGAGGCCAAGCCCCGCCUCCAGAAGCUGUUUAGGGACUUCUGGUUGUACUCAGUGGUCAUGGGUUUUGCUGUGGAAGGAUCAGGGCUUUGGCCAGAGGAGUGGUAUGAAGGUGUGUGUGAGAUUGCUACCAAGUCUCCUCUUCUCACCUUCCCCAGUGGAGAACCUCUGCGGUCUGAGCUACAGUACAACUCUGCUCUGAAAAACGACACAGUCACCCCGGCGGAGUUGAGUGAACUGCGGGCAACCAUCAGCAAUCUCCUUGACCCACCUCCUGAAGGGUCUGCCCUCAUUAACAAGCUAGACUUUGCCAUGUCCACAUACCUGCUCUCCGUCUACCGAUUAGAAUACAUGAGGAUGCUGCGAUCCAAUGAUCCUGAUAGGUUCCAGGUCAUGUUUCGAUACUUUGAAGACAAAGCCAUCCAGAAAGACAAAUCUGGCAUGAUGCAGUGCAUCAUUUGUGUUGGCGACAAGGUAUUUGAUGUUUUCCUUCAGAUGAUGGCUGAGAAGGCAAAGACCAAAGAACACGAAGAAGAAUUAGAGCGUCAUGCCCAAUUCUUGUUGGUGAACUUUAAUCAUACCCACAAGAGGAUCCGCAGAGUAGCAGACAAAUACCUCUCUGGUUUGGCUGAGACAUUCCCUCAUCUACUCUGGAGCGGUCGUGUGUUAAAGACCAUGUUGGACAUUCUGCAGACACUCUCUCUGUCACUAAGUGCUGACAUUCAUAAGGACCAGCCAUACUAUGACAUUCCCGACACCCCAUACAGGAUCACUGUUCCUGACACAUAUGAAGCCAGAGAGAGCAUAGUAAAAGACUUUGCUGCUCGCUGUGGUGAGAUCCUGAAAGAAGCAAUGAAAUGGGCUCCUUCGGUCACAAAGUCCCACCUACAGGAGUAUCUGAACAAGCAUCAGAUCUGGGUGUCAGGACUGUCACAGCACACUGGCCUUGCAAUGGCCACAGAGAGCAUACUUCACUUUGCAGGCUACAACAGACAGAGUACUACACUAGGCACCACCCAACUGACAGAGAGACCAGCAUGUGUGAAAAAAGACUACUCCAACUUCAUGGCGUCACUCAAUCUGCGAAACCGGUACACAGGAGAGGUGGCUGGUAUGAUCCAGUUCUCAGAGGCGACUCACAGCCAGUCGGAUCUCAACAAGUUGAUGAUCCAUCAGAUGACCAGUGCUCUAGAUAAAAAAGACCCUGAGGCCUUCACCCAGGCCAUGUUCAAGAUGGCUGCCCUCCUUAUAACUACCAAAAACUGCGAUCCACUGCUCUUGCACCAUCUUUGUUGGUCUCCUCUGAAGAUGUUUACAGAACAUGGCAUGGAAACUGCCAUUGCCUGCUGGGAAUGGCUACUGGCUGCGCACAAUGGGGUGGAAGUGCCAUUCAUGCGUGAAAUGGCAGGAGCUUGGCAGAUGACAGUAGAGCUGAAAAUGGGUUUAUUCUUGGAGGCUAAGGUCGAGGCUGGCCCUCUGGCUGUCUCAGAGGAGAGUCAACCUACACCCUGUGCUCCUGAUGUCGUGCCUCACUUCCUCUGGAUAGAGUUUCUGGUGCAGAGGUUCGAGAUAGCCAAGUACUCCAGUGCUGACCAAGUGGAGAUUUUCACCGCCAUUUUACAGCGAUCUCUGUCUUUGAAUGUAGGAGGAUCCAAAAGCAGCAUAAACAAACAUAUUGCUGCCAUUGGACCAAGAUUCAGACUGUUGACUCUUGGUCUUAAUCUUCUGCAUGCUGAUGUGGUGACAAAUGCUACCAUCAGGAACGUACUGCGAGAAAAAAUCUAUUCCACAGCUUUUGAUUACUUCAGCGUUGCUCCCAGAUUUCCCACUCAAACAGAUAAAAGGCUGAGAGAAGACAUCAGUAUAAUGAUCAAGUUUUAUGCCAGCCUGCAGUCUGACAAGAAAUAUCUGACUGCCAACCAGCUGGUUCCUCCAGAUCCCCAAGACAUGUCUGUGAACAGCCUGUCUGUAGUGGCAGUGACAGACAGCCGAAGCAGUCUCGAUGUAGCAGUGGGUCAGAGGCAGCAGGUCGCUCAGGGAUGGAUCAACACAUACCCUCUGUCCUCAGGGAUGUCCACCAUAUCCAAGAAAUCAGGACUGUCUAAAAAAAGCAAUAGAGGCACCCAGCUGCACAAGUAUUACAUGAAACGCAGGACUCUUCUUCUGGCUUUACUGGCCAGUGAGAUUGAGCGGCUGACAAUAUGGUACAAUCCCUUAUCCACUCAAGAGCUUGCCAUUACUACAGAACAGUCAGUGGAGACAAGUAUUGCUAACUGGAGAUCCAGAUACAUCAGUCUGACGGAGAAACAGUGGAAGGACAACGUCAAUCUAGCGUGGAGCAUAGCACCCUACCUUGCCCUCCAUCUGCCUGCCAGGUUCAAAAACACAGAGGCUAUUGUCUCUGAGGUGACUCGUUUAGUGCGAAUGGAUCCAGCUGCUGUGUGUGACGUUCCUGAGGCAGUCAAGUUUCUGGUGACAUGGCACACAAUUGAUGCUGAUUCUCCAGAGCUGAGUCAUAUCCUGUGCUGGGCUCCAGCAGAUCCACCAACUGGACUAUCCUACUUCUCAUCCAUGUACCCUCCUCAUCCCCUCACAGCCCAGUAUGGGGUCAAAGUGCUCCGCUCCUUUCCUCCCGAUGCCAUUUUGUUUUACAUUCCUCAAAUUGUACAAGCUCUUCGUUAUGACAAGAUGGGUUAUGUGAGAGAGUACAUCCUGUGGGCUGCUCAGAAGUCUCAGCUGCUGGCUCACCAGUUCAUCUGGAACAUGAAGACGAACAUAUACCUGGAUGAGGAAGGAAACCAAAAAGAUCCUGACAUAGGAGAACUGUUGGAACAGAUGGUGGAGGAGAUCAUCAAUUCACUGUCUGGCCCGGCCAAAGACUUCUACCAGAGGGAGUUUGACUUCUUCAAUGAAAUAACCAAUGUGUCAGCCAUUAUAAAACCCUUUCCCAAAGGAGAGGAGAGGAAGAGGGCCUGUCUGGAAGCCAUGUCACAGAUCAAAGUCCAGCCUGGCUGUUAUCUGCCCAGUAACCCAGAGGCCAUAGUUUUGGAUAUAGAUUACAAAUCUGGUACUCCUAUGCAGAGUGCUGCCAAGGCUCCCUACCUGGCCAAAUUCAAAGUUAAGAGGUGUGGAGUCAUUGAGCUGGAAAAAGAAGGUCUACUGUGUCGCUCCGAUUCGGUGGAUGAGGGGAAGAGUGAAGAGGAGGCAAAGAGGAUCUGUUGGCAGGCAGCCAUCUUCAAAGUUGGAGAUGAUUGCAGACAGGACAUGCUGGCCCUUCAGAUCAUCAGCCUCUUUAAGAACAUCUUCCAGAUGGUGGGCCUCGACCUCUAUGUGUUUCCGUACAGGGUGGUGGCCACUGCUCCAGGAUGUGGAGUGAUUGAGUGCAUCCCUGACUGCAAGUCUCGUGACCAACUGGGCCGACAGACAGACUUUGGCAUGUACGACUAUUUCAGGAACCAGUACGGAGAUGAAUCCACUCUAGCCUUCCAGAAGGCACGGUACAACUUCAUUCGCAGUAUGAGGCCCUACAUGGAUGCAGUCGUCUCCUUGGUCACGCUCAUGCUGGACACGGGUCUUCCCUGCUUCAGAGGACAGACCAUCAAAUUGCUCAAGCAGCGAUUCAACCCAGGGUUGAGUGAAAAAGAUGCAGCAUCUUUCAUCAUCAAAGUCAUCCAGAAUUGCUUCCUCAGCAACAGGAGUAGGACCUACGACAUGCUCCAGUAUUACCAAAACCAGAUCCCAUAUUAAACAUUUGUGCCUAAGCAUGUGCAUAUAUUGGCUGGUACAUAGUGUGUGCGUGCGUGAGUUUGCGUGUGUGCCUUUGAUGAUGUUCACCAAUGAAGAUUGUGGCUCACUGUUUUUGCUGAUUGUUGGCUGCUGUCCCUUGUGUAUGUUUCAGCGUCUUGUUUAAUUAUAAAAAUGUCUUUGCUUUACAUUUACAUUGCAUUUUCUCUUAUU